AUGCUGGUUACCUAUUUGGAAGCCAACCUUUGCGAGACGGACUCAAUUCUUUUUGGCGCCGCACUGGCAGUCUGCCGUAUUAUAGGCGCCAAACUUUCCACGGCUGGACGCGCUACUGGACAAAGUAGCGCUAUCCCAGCCUGGAGAAUAAGAAUUGAGGAACGUAUCGCAAAGGCUAGAGCCCUCAUCGGCAGACUGAUAUGCUUCAGGUCAGGCAAUAACAGGCCAAGGAUUGUGCGCACCGUCAGGAUGGCGUUUGCUGGGACAAAUGUUAGUUUGUCCCAGCCGGAUAUAAUGCAAAAACUGACGGAGCGCAUAGACGACUUGAAGCAAAGAAUAGCUGCUUGGGGAAAGCGGAUUCGGCGAUAUACCGAGAGGUCGACACGGUUCAACCAGAAUCGUCUCUUCCAGAGUGAUCAGAAGAGGCUCUAUAAAUCAUUGGAGCGACCAAUAGUAAGUGGAACGGGCCCAGCACCAAAUCAGGCCGACACGGUCGCAUUCUGGCGCAGCCUGUGGUCAGAGCCCAUAAACCACAACGAGGGCCCUUGGACAGAAGUUGUGGCGAGUCAGUGUGCGAGUAUUACGCCCAUGGACCCCGUCAUCAUAACGCCGGAUGACGUAGCUGAGGCGGUUCGUAGGGCCCCGAACUGGAAAAGUCCGGGGCUUGACGGGCUGCAUCACUACUGGCUGAAGGGAUUCAUGAAUCCCUUGCAUAGUUCACUGUGCCUACUUGUAGCUAAGUUCACGUAA